GGAACACAACAUGGAACCAGUGAGGCACUGUCCCUGCCCUCAUGAUGUCACUGUCCCUGCCCUCAGUGUCAUGGGAGACGGCGACCCAUAACCAGGGAUGGCCGCCACGCUGGGCCGAAACCACAGCUCCGUGUCCGAAUUCAUCCUCGUGGGCUUCUCCACCUUCCCAAGGCAUCUCCUGCCUGCCUUCUUCCUGCUGUUCCUGCUCAUGUACCUGUUCACGCUGCUGGGGAACCUGCUCAUCAUGGCCACAGUCUGGAGCGAGCGCAGCCUGCACACGCCCAUGUACCUCUUCCUGUGCGCCCUGUCCACCUCCGAGAUCCUCUACACCUUGGCCAUCACCCCGCGCCUGCUGGCCGACCUGCUCUCCACCCGCCGCACCAUCACCUGGGCGGCCUGUGCCAGCCAGAUGUUUUUCUCCUUCACGUUCGGCUUCACCCACUCCUUCCUGCUCACCGUCAUGGGCUACGACCGCUACGUGGCCAUCUGCCACCCCCUGCGCUACAACGUGCUCAUGAGCCCCCGCGGCUGUGCCUGCCUGGUGGCCUGGUCCUGGGUAGGUGGCUCGGUCAUGGGGCUGGUGGUGACCACGGCCGUUUUCCACCUCACCUUCUGUGGACCCAAUGAGAUCCACCAUUUUUUAUGUCAUGUGCCCCCUCUCUUGAAGCUGGCCUGUGGAACUGAUGUACCAGUAGUGGCCAAGGGCGUGGGGCUGGUGUGCAUCAUGGCCCUGCUGGGCUGCUGUCUCCUCAUCCUCCUCUCCUAUGCCUUCAUCGUGGCCACCAUCUUGAGGAUCCCCUCAGCUGAGGGCCGGCACAAGGCCUUCUCCACCUGUGCGUCCCACCUCACUGUGGUCAUUGUGCACUAUGGCUUUGCCUCUGUCAUCUACCUCAAGCCCAAGGGUCCCCAGUCUCUGGAAAGAGACACCCUGAUGGGCAUCACCUACACGGUCCUCACCCCCUUCCUCAGCCCCAUCAUCUUCAGUCUCAGGAACAAGGAGCUGAAGACUGCCAUGACCAAGACCUUCCUCAGAAAACUCCAUCCCUCCAGCAUCUAA